GCUCGACCUCCCCCCCCCCCCCCGCUCCCCACCGAUGAGGGUGUUCGGGCGGCCGCGGUCCCCGGCACUGGUGCUGCUGCUCCUGCGGCCGCUGCUCGCUUCCGGAGACCCCGCGUCCGGCCCGCAGGCCCGAGCCAUGAACCCGGGCGGCGGCGGCGGCGGCGGCGGCGGUGCGCGGGGCUCGCCGGCGGACGGCCACCGCUUGCAGCGCUCCACCGUGCCAGGCUCCGACCCGCAGCGCUGCAACGAACUGCUCCUGCUGGCGGCCGGGGACGGGGAGGAAGCCGCCCCGGAGCAGCCGCGGCACCACGUCCUCUACUUCCCCGGGGAUGUGCAGAAUUACCAUGAAAUUAUGACUCGUCAUCCUGAGAAUUAUCAAUGGGAAAAUUGGAGUCUAGAAAACAUUGCCACCAUUUUAGCCCACCGUUUUCCCAAUAGUUACAUUUGGGUAAUAAAGUGUUCCCGGAUGCAUUUGCACAAAUUCAGCUGCUAUGACAAUUUUGUGAAGAGCAACAUGUUUGGUGCACCAGAACACACCCCGGACUUUGGAGCCUUUAAGCACUUGUAUAUGUUAUUAGUUAAUGCUUUUAGCUUAACUCAGAACGGUUUUCUGUCCAAGAACAGGAGUGUUUGCAAUAAGGAUUGUAAAGCAUCUAACUGUGAGUCUAAUUCUUCUACUACUAGUAAUGGUGGCCAGGAGGAAAAAGAGAGGACCUGUGAAAACCUGGAGGAGUCUGCCGGGAGUUCUGCUCAGCUCUCAUUGAAUGCUGCAUCGUUUACUUUGGUGGGAUUCAGUAAAGGCUGUGUUGUUUUGAAUCAGUUGCUGUUUGAGUUGAAGGAAGCCAAGAAAGACAAGAACUUAGACACUUUCAUCAAAAGUAUAAGAACGAUGUACUGGCUGGACGGUGGUCAUUCUGGAGGAAGCAAUACUUGGGUCACGUAUCCAGAAGUCUUGAAAGAGUUUGCUCAAACAGGGAUUACUGUUCACACUCAUGUAACACCUUAUCAAGUACAUGAUCCAAUGAGAUCCUGGAUUGGAAAGGAGCACAAGAAAUUUGUUCAGAUACUUGGGGAUUUGGGUAUGCAGGUGACUAGCCAAAUUCAUUUUGCGAAGGAAACUCCCUCCAUAGAGAAUCACUUCAGGGUUCAUGAAGUGUUCUGAGACUUCAUGUGUUUGCUUAAGUGGGAGAACCAAGGACUUCGUUAAAACACAGAUGACGAGAUGUAAGAGUAAUUAGAUGCAUUGUCAGUUUGUGGGCUAAGAAGAUGCACAUUCCAAAAAUAUGUGUCAUAUACAGUAGGAUUCCUUGCUUGUAAAUGUGCGCAGCUUUAAAUUUUGAUUGGAUUAGAAUUAAUUUGAAGUCUAGAAGGAUAGUGUGUGAUAAUUCUAUGUCCUUUAAAAGUGAAAGAAACUUGGUGUUAGUCUUUUUAAAAGGUAAUAAAAUUGGUGUUGGAAAGAGCUGA